AUGAAACGUCGGAUGAAGAAGGAAACGAAGCGUGAAGAUCCAUUGCAAACCAACCGGAAUUUCCUGCUUGGUAAGAUCUUUGGACGAAGAGACUCUUUAGGAAAUAUGUUUUAUUUCAUGUUUGCUGUUGAUUUCAGAAUGUAUAAAUCAUCGACCGAUUCGCAAAGUGCAGUCUGGAAUUUUUUAUCCUCCGGGUGCCCUCUUCUCACUGGAUAAACGCGUUGGCGGAUGGUUGGAGCGGCCUCAAACAAAAUUUUCAACAUUACCACAAGUUGGCGGAGUGGGAAGACAACUUCUUUCGAACUGGAUGAUAGAGGCUAUGAUCGUCGCUUGCAGUAUAGCAAAACUCAGAAAAAAUAUCAACAAACAAGUCGUCGCAUCGAAGUUGAGAAGGUCCCGCUGAUUCUGAAUGGACGCGAAGGAGUUUACUUUAUUGGUUUCGACAACGGUAAGCGGUUCAUUUCUUUUCUAUUUCGCUUUUAGGCCUGUCGCUAAACAACAAAAUCAUACCGGAUAGCCCAAACAACGUCCUGGUUUGCCACGAUGGAAUGGACUCCGCCAGGAAGUCGAAGAAUACCCGGUGGACUAAACUCCGUGCCCGCCGGAAUCUCUUCAACCGCUCGGAAGACGCCUUUAGCGUGGACACCGCAUCCACAUCCUCCAGUACAGCAUAA